AUGGUUAUUAUCCGUGCAAACACCGAAACUGGUGGGUUGGCGGUUCGUUGCAAUGAGAAAGAUCGAAGACUCCUUUUGCUCUUCAAACAAGGAGUGAUAGAUCCUGCAAAUCGACUCUUCUCAUGGACUAGUGAAGAAGAAGAUUGUUGUUCAUGGAUAGGAGUUCAGUGUGACAACAUUACAGGCAGAGUUACAGAACUUGAUCUAGCUGGUCAGCUAUUACAAGGUGAUAUUAAUCUAUGUCUAGUACUUCAACUUGAAUUUCUCAACUACUUGGACUUGCACCAUAAUGAAUUUGUAACUGUGAGUAUUCCACCGUGCCAGCCCUCUAGAUCUUCUUCUGAUGAUCAAUCAGCAAAUCUUUCUGCUGCUUUACGUUACCUUGACUUUUCAUCUAAUUAUGAUUUGCCCAUCAAUGAUCUUCGUUGGCUUUCUGGACUUUCUUCCUUAAAUUAUCUUGAUCUGAAUGACUGUGAUAUUGAAAAUGAAACCAAAUGGCUCGAGUUUGUAUCUAUGCUUCCUUCACUAUCUGAGUUACACUUGAGAAGUUGUGGAUUGAGAGAUUUUCCACGCAUCAGUUAUGUCAACUUUACAUCUCUUUCAACUCUUGAUCUUUCUUUCAAUCUUCUCAACUCAGAAUUACCAUAUUCGUUAUUUAAUUUAACCAAUGACAUCUCUGUUCUUGACCUCAGCCACAAUGGUUUUUAUGGAAAAGUACCAAUGGCUUUGUUCAAGCUUCCAAAGCUAAAACAACUAAGCUUGAGCUUUAAUAGUAUCAAGGGGUCAAUUCCAGACUCGAUAGGCCAACAUGAACAGUUACAACAUCUUUUUCUCCGUGAAAAUUCAUUCAAUGGUUCAAUUCCACCAUCUCUUGGUGGAAAAUCUUUACAAUCCUUGAAGGGUGUUCUCUCAGAAAAGAACUUUGCCAAUCUCUCAAACUUAACAUCAUUAUAUUUGAGUUCAUCUGGUUUCAAAUUCCACAUUGAUCCUAACUGGGUCCCGCCGUUUCAACUUGAAUAUUUUGAGUUGAGAAACACAAGUCUAGGUCCUACUAUUCCCGCUUGGCUAUAUACACAACGGUCACUGAGAUGGCUAGACAUUUCUGGAUCAGGAAUUUCAACCAUAGAUGACACAGAUAUGUUUUGGAGCUUUGUUGCAAGAAUCGAUAAUGUCAAUCUAUCAUACAACUUGAUGAGUGGAGACAUAUCCCCCUUGACACUAAACUCAACAUCUAUAAAUUUAGAGUAUAACAGUUUCACAGGUGGCCUCCCACAUAUAUCAUCAAAUGUUGUCAACUUUUGGGCAUCUCACAACUCUUUCUCCGGAUCUAUUUUCCCAUUGUUGUGCCAUUCAAAGAUUAUUAGUAGGGAAAAGUACAGUUUGGCUACUUUGGACCUAUCAUAUAAUCAUUUAGGUGGAACACUUCCUAAUUGUUGGGCCAAAUAUUGGGAACAAUUAAUAUACCUUGAUUUGGGGAGUAAUAAGCUGACUGGUGAAGUUCCUCCAUCAAUUGCUUCAUUGAAUUUUCUUGCAUACUUGGAUUUGAGCAGUAACAAUUUCCUUGGCAAGUUUUCAUUAGACUUGUCAAACUGGAAAAAUUUGCAAUAUCUCCUUCUAGAAGGAAAUAAAUUUUCCGGAAUUUUGCCUACACUGCCACAAAACUUGGUAGUUAUCAAAUUGAGGGCCAACCAAUUUACAGGCAAUAUUCCAACACACUUGUGCAAUCUCUCUUCUUUGGCAAUACUUGAUCUUGCUGAUAAUACGCUUUCAGGCUCAAUACCUAGUUGUCUAAAUAACAUCAUGCAUCCAAUUAAUGCAUCGUUGUGGUUGAAGGUAAUAAAGCUAUCUGCUAAAGGAAGAGAACUAGAUUAUAAAGACGUUGAAUUAUUGCGAUUGAUUGAUCUUUCUGCUAACAACUUUUCUGGAGAGAUUCCUAAGGAAUUGUUUAGUUUGAUUCAAAUGUGGUCCUUAAACUUGUCUCGAAACCACUUAAGAGGAAAGAUUCCCAGAGAAAUUGGAGGUAUGAAAAACUUAGAAUCUUUUGAUCUUAGUUGCAAUAAACUUUCGGGAGAAAUUCCUCCAGCCAUUUCUAACUUGUCUUUUCUCGAUUAUCUGAACCUAUCAUACAACAAUUUUGUUGGGCAAAUCCCACUGGGGACUCAAAUUCAAAGUUUUGAUUCUUGGAGCUUUGUUGGCAAUCUUGGACUUUGUGGAGAUCCUCUUCCAAAGAGGUGCAAUAAGAAAGAAGAAACUAACAACUCAAAUCAGGCUGAAGUGAAUGAAGAUGACUUUUUUUUUAAGUCAUUGUACCUCGGGAUGGGAGUUGGAUUUGCAGCGGGCUUCUGGGGAGUUUGUGGUUCUCUCUUUCUCAUCAGGGCAUGGAGACACAAAUUUUUCCGAUGGUUUAAUCGUUUGAUGGAUCGACUUUAUGUUGCUGGGGUCCUCUGUUUCAAAAGCUUAUGUUGA